GCAUACCACAGGCGGUGCUUCCCUUGCACUGUGGACUUCCCUCCUCCGCCCGGGCUGGAUCUUUCGGAAUCCAGACGUGCCAAUCUGUAUGCGGCAUAUUCAUCCACAUAUGGACUGGCCGUGGUGGCCGUGGUGCUGCGGUUGUGGUGUCGCACCCGAGUGUCCAAGGUUGGGCUGUGGUGGGAUGAUUACUUGAUUUGCCUGGCGUUGGCGAUGGCAACUGGAAACCAGGUCGACAUGGUCAUUUGGGUGUAUCGCGGCGUGGGAACACACAUCUACCCCCUUGGGAUGACCGGCUUCUCCAACUUCUUCGUCAACCUCUUCGUCUGCGAAAUCUUCUAUACGCUGUCCAUCUGUGUGACCAAAUACUCCAUCCUGAUGUUCUACUGGCGCAUCUUCGGCACCACCAACAUUCGCAUCCCAAUAUAUGUCAUAUUCUUCCUGGUCACCUGCUGGGGGUUGGGUGUCAUCUUCACGACGAUCUUCCAGUGUCUACCCGUCCGUGGCUUCUGGGAUAAAUCCGUAAACCCCCACUGUGGCGUGGACGUCAACCAAUUCUUCAUCGGCAACGCCGUCCCGAACAUCAUCACUGACUGGGCAUUGCUGAUCCUCCCCAUGCCAUACAUCUGGCGACUCCACAGGGACAUUGCCCAGAAAAUAGCCAUCAGCAGCGUCUUUGUCCUCGGAGGCUUUAUCUGCGUCGUUUCCAUCGUGAGACUCGUGAUCAUGCUCGACUCGUACCGGGUCCCCUCCAUCGAUGUAACGUGGGUGUUCAUCGGUCCCUCGACGUGGACGGCGGUGGAGACCAAUAUUGGAGUCGUGUCCGCGUGUCUACCAUCUCUUCGUCCUUUGCUUCAUUUGUUCGAUCGGGAUUACGGCACGCAGGAUCGUGCGACUCCACCUAAGCACAGCGCUCACUCGUAUGGAACGUUGAGUUCGACCGGGAAGCGCAGUAAACGAAGUAAAAUGCGGAAUGACUCGGAGCUGCAUUUGUCGACGAUUGAUGUGACGACGACGGUGGAUAUUGAGGAGUCAUGCCGGUAUUAG